CCUGAAAGACAUCAAUAGUCUUUGAAUAGAGAGUAAAGAGUCAAGUAAAGUCACCUUUAUUUAUGUAGCACUUUAUAAAAUACAGAUUGUGUAAAAGCAAACAGGAAAAUAGUGUUGAUAAUGCAAGAGGACAAUAGUAAAAACUACAUUUUUGACACUACUGUCAUCAGAAAAGGAACUAACCAAAAUGAAAUAAAUACUCUAAAAAAGUUCCUUACACUGUUUACACACUCAGCAGGAAUUCAUUAGAAAUGGUUUCUUCUUCAUGAUAUGGGUGGGGCUACAAUAUGAUGUCACUGCAGUUGGUGAAAGUGAAACUUAACAGAUGAACUAAAAGCUUAGUCAUACAACAACAUUUCUAUUCAGAAACUAAAAUUAACGAUCAGAUCUGUUAAUCACUCACAGCAUGUCAUCCUCCAGUGGUCCAUUAAAUGAGGAACUCCAGUGCCCCAUCUGCCUGGAUGUGUUCACUGAUCCAGUCACCACUCCAUGUGGACACAACUUCUGCAGAACCUGUCUGAACAAGUGCUGGACAAACACACAGAACUGCUUCUGUCCACUCUGUAAAGAACAAUUCAAGAAAGAACCUGAUCUCAAGAUUAAUACAAAACUCAGAGAGGUUGCACAACACUUUAAGGAGAAGCUCAAUCUAGAAAAAUCUGAAGUGUUUUGUGACAUCUGUGAUGAAAAAAAGCAGAAAGCUGUGAAGUCCUGUCUGACAUGUCCAAGCUCUUACUGUGAGACUCACCUGGAGCCUCAUCUCAGAGUCCCACGUUUAAAGAAACACACACUGAUCAACGCUGUGGAAAAUCUGGAGGAUUAUAUUUGCCAGAAACAUGAGAGACCUCUGGAGCUGUUCUGCAGAGAUGAUCAGAUGUGUGUGUGUUUGUUCUGCACUGAAGGAGACCACAUGAGUCACAACACUGUUCCUAUAGAGGAGGAGAGUCAAGAGAAGAAGAAAAAGCUGUUUCAGACACAGAUAGAUGUGCAGCAGAUGAUCCAUAAUAGAAUGAAGAAGAUUGAAGUGAUCCAGUACUCAGUCGAACUGAAAAUGAGGAACACAGAGGAAGAGAAAUCGUCCAGUGUUGAUCUCUUCACUGAUCUGAUCCGCUCCAUUGAGAGAUGUCAGUCUGAGCUGCUGAAGAUGAUGGAGGAACAGCAGAAAGCAGCAGAGAAACAGGCUGAAGAUCUCAUUAAAGAGCUGCAGCAGGAAAUCACUGAUCUGAAGAAGAGAAACACUGAGCUGGAGCAGAUCACACACACUGAUGAUCAUCUGCAGCUCCUGCAGAAGUUCUCAUCCCUGUGCAGUUGUCCACACAUCAAGAACUGGACUAAGAUCAAGAUUGACUAUGAUAAGGACGUGUUUCAUAUGAACAGAGCUUUGAUACAGCUCAAGAAAACUCUAGAUGAAAAACUCAGUCAGUCUGUGGAUGUGACUCUGGAUCCCGAUACAGCGAAUCCAUAUCUCAUCGUGUCUGAUGAUGGAAAACAAGUCAGUCAUGGAGACAUUAAACAGGACGUCCCAGAAAACCCAAAGAGAUUUGAUGAUGUUUUGUGUGUUCUGGCAAAGCAAGGAUUCAAUUCUGGGAGAUUUUACUAUGAGGUGCAGGUGAAGGAAAAGACUGAGUGGGGUUUAGGAGUGGUCAGAGAAUCUGUUAACAGGAAGGGAGAUAUUACACUGACUCCUGAGAAUGGAUUCUGGACUGUGAUUCUGAGGAAUGAGAAUCAAUAUGCAGCUUGUGAUGAUCCACCUGUAUCUUUCUCUCUGAAAGUGAAACCUGAGAAGGUGGGAGUGUUUGUGGAUUAUGAGGAGGGUCUGGUCUCUUUUUAUGAUGUGGAGUCCAGAUCUCAUAUCUACUCUUUCACUGGUCAGACUUUCACUGACAAACUCUAUCCAUAUUUUAACCCACGCCAUAAUGAAGGAGGUAAAAACUCAAACCCUCUGAUCAUCACAUGUUAAUGAAUUAAUUUCCCUGAAAUAUGAA